GACUCGUCAAAUUCAGAAAUCUGCAAAAACAUCUCAUUCCUACAUAAACGUACAGUAAUUUUAGUGUUUAUCGUGGCGCAUGUAGCGCAUCGCAUUUGUGGAAAUGUAUCGUCGGUUACUAUGCAGCCUAAUUCUGGUGGCAGUAUUUCACGUGGCAACGAUCGACGGUCAAUCGUAUGAAGAUAAAAGAUGCAAGUGCAUCUGUCCCAGUAUAAAAACGGUCGACAAUACGACACAGGAAAGCGCUGGUCGUAUGCUUAUCAUUGAUAAUGUUCCGCCCAACAAGUGCAACUGCGACGGAGUCAUACUGCCCCGGAUAGCGGGUAAAAUCAAGGGAAAGGGAACGGAAAUCUGUCCGCGGUGCGAUUGCAAGUAUGAGAAUCGCAACACGACCAUCAUAAAGGUUGUUGUGAUUAUUGUGAUAUGGAUCAUAUCCCUGCUCGUUAUCUACAUGCUGUUCCUGAUGUGUUUGGAUCCACUGCUCAACAAGCGCGUCAAAGCCAACUACCAGGAACAUACGAACGAAGAUGACGAUACGGCCGUCACCGUUGGGAAUGGACAGGAUAUGCAUGUGCGGGACAGCAACGUUUUGAACCGCGUCGGACAUCAACAGGACAAAUGGAAGCGCCAAGUCCGCGAGCAGCGGCGCAAUAUCUACGAUCGGCACACAAUGCUGAACUGAAACGAAACCGGAAGAGGUCUGUUAAUCCAUCACAUCGUGCAUGUGCAAACAAGUGGGGUUCGCGGAGGAUAUUAUGAACGAAUGUAUUUUUUUGAUGAUCUGGUGCGUUUAGAAAAAUUCCAUACCAAAUGCCGAUAAACGAAUAAACAUUUGUGGGUAACUUAUUCUUUUGUAAAUGUAGUGAAUUGACAUAGAAUUGAGUCAUAAAGAAGCGUGUCUGAAGCUGACUGUGGUUCUAUAACUGCGUAAAUAAACAAUAAAAGACGAAAAAUCGUAAAGGCA